UUUGACUAGACCUGAAAGUUCCACAUGACCCUGAGGACAAUGUGAGAGAGAAAUGGUCAUUUUAAGGACACCACCUUUCCACCCUCCACGAGGUGGAUCUCUGAAGAAGGAUACUGUAUAUGCAGACCUGCAUCGUAGCGGUCGCCCUUCAGGACCCCCUAUGUCACAAGCAUAUUGUGAUGUCAAGUCAUGACAUGAGGAUGCAACAUGAUUUCAUAACUCAAAUGUGAGACAGUUAUUUUAUCCUGCAGGAUAAAUGCAGAAGAAUAGCAGCACCCCAAGUGCAAUGACACGUGCGGUGUGGGGGAGGAAGGGAACUAGAGACUAUGCAGAAGUGUUCUUGAGUGUCCCCAUUGCUUUAAGAGAAAAAGGGAAGGCAGAGAGCCUAGUUGAGUCAGCUGCAAAAGUGCUGUGUAAUCUUUUCUGAACACUAAGCCUCCUAACUCCAAAUGUCUGACUAAGGCAAAAACAACAAAUCCUGCCAGCCAGCUUCUAUAUCCUAAUACUGGCGCGGUCCCCAGUCAGUGUUAUAAGGCCUGGCCAGAGGUCUGGGGUGAGAGGCUCACACCACAGUGCCCUCUCCAGGACCUUGGUCCCUUUUUUAACUGUACUCUGCCCUGUUUUCUGGUUGAAGGAGAAUGUUCUGUUUGCCAAAAUGAAAGCCAAUCGAUGCAUUUUCCACAUCCAGCUCCACACUAGCAGGCCGAGCUUCUAACCCACCUAAAGCCUGAUGAGAACUCCAUUUUGGCCCAGUGAGUUCUAAUUAUUCACCAGUUACGACUGCAAAGGGGCAGGUGCCAGCAACUACUAUCAGAAAACCAGUCUCUAGACAAUCCAGUUGCUCUUUUGCCCCAGACCCAGGUUAGAUGAACUGUUUGCAUUUCAAGGUCUCUGCAGACCUCCACCAGAAUUUUCCCUAGCCCAGGUAUAGUUCACCAUCCUUCAGGCCCAGGGAUGUGCAUAAUAACUGGCGGGGCACAGAGCUCCUCCGGUCCUGUGGCCGCAUUGGGGAGAGCAGGUGAGCUGCUCCGGCUCUGGGGCCACAUCAAGGCAACAGAACAUGCCCCUCCAAAAGCAGUCACAUUUUUAUUCCCGCGCAUGCCCUUGUUUGGGUCUUUAGCAUGUACCUUCUCUGUGCCAUGUACCAAGCAGUUACUGUAGGGGAACAUAGUACCCUUGAAGCUGCCAACCAUCAUUUCCAUUCACUCCUACUUAAAUUCUGAGUUCCAUGUUAUCUGAAAGAGAGGACAUAUACAGAUAGACUCUGAGGGCUUGUCUACAUGGGGAGUUAUUCUGAAUAGCUAGUCCUGAUUUAUUCCAGAAUAUGAGCAUCCACACAGGGAAUUAGAGUGCCUUAUUCUGAAUUAGUUAAUCCAUUUACAAAAAUGGAUUAAACUAAUUUGGAAAAAGUCACCCUUAUUCUGGAAUCAGUUUCCACACAGGGAGUUGAUCAGGACUAGCGAUUGCACUUUAAAUUCAUACCCUGCUUUAAUCUGAAUUAAUUUCCCAGUGUGAACCCCUUAAGCAUUAGUGAAUCCUCCCAAGCGUCCACACUGGAGCGUCUUAGUUCUCAGUGCUACCAGCUGGGCAGAAAAAGGGUUAAUGAGCCUGGGCAAACUGCCCAGCAUUCUGUAAGGAGACAUCUUUCAACAUCCUGUUGUUGAGAUUCAUUGUCAAGAGAGGUCAGAAGACUCCUCCCUCCCCUAGAGGGAAGCGAGUAUGUUGCAACUCUGACACCAGGAUCAGCCGUUUGGCUGCUCAUAUGAUCUGAGCCAAGUAUAAAGCAAGAUGCAGAAGGGCUGCUUAACUCCAAAGCUUCCCAGAUCCCGGAGAGAAGAGAGGACAAAGGGGGACACGAGAAAGGAAGACAACAGAAGAGUGAAAAAGCAAAGGAAGAAAAGAAAAGAGAAAUGGAAGGUUCCAAGACACACAGCUCUGAAAGCAUGCCUGGAGACCUAUCAGAAGCUCUGAAGGAAGCCACCAAAGAGGUGCACGAGCAGGCAGAGAGCACAGAGUUCAUGAAGAAUUUCCAGAGGGGGCAGGUGUCACUCCAGGAGUUUAAGAUGGUUAUGGCUUCUCUGUACUACAUCUACUCUGCUCUGGAGGAGGAGAUUGAGCAUAACAAGGAUCACCCAGCCUAUAUCCCCGUUUACUUCCCAGCUGAACUGCACCGUAAGACUGCCCUGCAGGAAGACUUGGAGUAUUUCUACGGCCCACUGUGGAGGGAAGAGAUCUCGUGUCCCGAGUCCACUCAGAAAUAUGUGAAUAGGCUCCACUAUGUGGGCCAGCAUGAACCAGAGCUCCUGGUGGCCCAUGCCUACACUCGGUACCUGGGAGACCUAUCUGGUGGGCAGGUGUUGAAGAAGAUUGCCCAGAAAGCUCUCCACCUACCCAGUACUGGAGAAGGACUGGAGUUCUUCACCUUUGAAGGGGUGUCCAAUGCCACAAAGUUCAAGCAGCUGUACCGUUCCCGGAUGAACUCCAUUGAGAUGGACCCAGCCACCAAGAAGAGAGUCUUGGAGGAAGCCAAGAGGGCAUUCUUGCUGAAUAUACAGGUGUUUGAGGAACUGCAGAAAUUUGUGUCCCAGUGCCAUGAGAAUACUCACCCUGCACAACAGAAGCCGGAGCUUCGCACAAGACGCACCAGUGAAGCAUGUGAGCAAGGACCAGCUCCUGUGAAAGAAGGUGAAAAGACAUCGAUGAAGCACACAGACAUGCUGCCUAGCACUCCACUGGCACGGUGGAUUCUUGUCCUCAGCUUCCUAGUGACAACGGUUGCUGUGGGCUUGUUUGCGAUGUGAAUAGAAGGGCCCUGCCCUCCUGCUGCUCCCUCCCCAAACUAACACACCUAAUGCCAUCCAUCCAGCCCUCAACCCGGACACCCUGAUCUUGGCUGUGCCACUAACACUUUUCCAGUGGAUUCAGAGGACUCUGAAGCCUUCGUGUGAAUUCUCUCUGAUCUGCGCUGAGAGCAUUUCUGAACCUGCAAACUGAACUCAACCAAAAAGCUGAGGCAGAAUCAGAAAGGUCCUGAAAGGCAUUGCUGGGACCUGGCACCGCUUCAAACAGUUCCUGCAAAGAGCCCCAGAUGUAAAGCACAGGUUUGGUAGCUUCCCUGCUGCCUGGGAAAAAAGCCUUACUGGUGCUUUGUUCACUCAGUGUUUUGUACAGCUGGCUGAUGCAGCAGCGAUUGCUUCUGUGGAGUGAUGAGGCUCCACUUGGAUUGUAGACUGUUUUAUAUGACACUAUUAGCCCAUUAUAGCAUAUUUUCCCAAUCAUGACUCAGAUCAGUUGUUAAAAAUACAGUGUUGUCCUUGUGUCCUGUCUGUAUAAUUUAUAGACUAACAAUAAACCUCAAUGUAA